GUGGAUUUGUUUUGAGGGGCGUUUCAGUCAAAUAACGUCUACAAUGACUCUAAUAGGGGUUUUGUGCAGGGCUAUGGUGAGCUUCAGGUUUACACUGUAACUGCAUACUUACCAACUUCUCAAAAUUCUCAUGGGGGAGAAAAGUGCAUGAACGACCUUUUCAAUCGGACGAGGCUGUGAUGCACAGUUGAAACGAUAAAAACAGUGGAUCCCAAUUAAUUACAAAGGCUAGCAUGGCCAAACCAUCCUGCCUGGUGAAGCCGGUGUCCUUGACUAAGAUACCCGGUCGUUACCUGGCUCAUCAGGAGUCUCUGCCGAAGUUGCCAGUGCCUGCCCUGAAACAGACAUGUGACCGCUACCUGGCCACUCUGGAGCCCAUAGUGGAGACUGAGGACCUGAACCACACACGCAGGCUCAUGGAGGAGUUCCAGCAGCCUGGCGGAGUGGGAGACACACUACAGAAAAGCCUGGAGAGGAGGGCAAGCAAGCUGGAAAACUGGCUCUCUGACUGGUGGUUGCAGACAGCGUACCUGGAUUACCGGAUGCCUGUGGUUGUGCACUCGAGUCCUGGAGUCGUCCUUCCUCGCUUACAAUUCACUGACAGUCAGGGUCAAGUAAGUUACGCAGCUAAAUUGAUUGCAGGAGUUUUGGAUUUCAAGACCAUGAUUGACAAUGAAACGUUACCGGUGGAGUAUCUUGGUGGGAAGCCGCUGUGUAUGAAUCAGUAUUAUCAGAUUCUGUCCUCGUGUCGCAUACCCGGGAUCAAAAGAGACUCGGUGGUGAAUCACGCUUUGAGUAAGAGACCUCCUACUCACAUCACCGUGGUGCACAACUUCCAGUUCUUUGUGCUCGAGGUGUACAACAGUGAUGGCACGCCGCUCACAGUGGAUCAGCUCUAUAUUCAGCUGGAGAAAAUCUGGAACGCUUCCCUGAAGACCAACAGCGAGCCGAUCGGCAUCCUCACCUCCAAUCACCGCGACAGCUGGGGCAAAGCCUACGCCAACCUCAUUAAAGACAAAACGAAUAAGGAGUCAGUGCAGGCGAUUCAGAAGAGCAUCUUUACCGUGUGUCUGGACGCCCCAGUGCCCCGAGUCUCAGACGAGAUGUACCACACUCGAGCAGCUGUGCAGAUGCUGCAUGGAGGAGGCUGUCGGUGGAACAGUGGAAACCGCUGGUUCGAUAAAACACUUCAGUUUAUCAUUGGUGAAGAUGGAACAUGCGGUUUGAUCUAUGAACACGCCCCUGCAGAAGGUCCUCCGAUCGUGGCACUGAUUGAUCAUGUGGUGGAGUACACAAAGAAGUCCGAGAUUAUUCGUACCCCCAUGGUUGCUCUGCCCAUGCCUCAGAAACUGCACUUCAACAUCACACCAGAGAUUAAAAGCGACAUCGAGGAGGCUAAGCAGAACAUGAAUAUGACGGUUCACGACUUGGACGUGCGAGUCAUUGUGUUCUCCCACUUUGGUAAAAAUGUUCCAAAGUCUUAUCAGAUGAGUCCUGACGCAUUUAUUCAGGUGGCGCUACAGCUGGCUUAUUACAGGUUGUAUAACCGUUGCUGUGCCACGUACGAGAGUGCCUCUCUGCGAAUGUUCAAACUGGGCCGAACAGACACCAUUCGCUCAGCAUCCAUCGACGCUGCCAACUUUGUCCGAGCCAUGAACGACCCUGCCAAGCAGAACCCACAGAAGCUGACUCUGCUUGAGAAAGCAGUGAAGGCACACAGAGCGUACACAGACAUGGCGAUUUGUGGGCAAGCCAUCGACAGACAUUUGCUUGGCCUGAAGCUGCAGGCUACUGAAGAUUUAUCAGCCCUGCCAGAAAUCUUCACUGACAAGUCUUAUGCGGUAGCCAACCAUUACCACCUUUCCACCAGCCAGGUCCCAGCUAAGACCGACUGCGUCAUGUGUUUCGGCCCAGUGGUGCCUGAUGGUUACGGCGUCUGCUACAACCCCAUGGAGAAGCACAUUAAUUUUGCAGUCUCUGCUUUCAACAGCUGCGCUGACACCAACGCCACACGACUGGCCCACGCUCUGGAGGAAGCUCUGCUGGACAUGAAGAGCCUGGUGGAGCAGACAGUCAAAUCCAAGCUGUGAGGAACAGCGACGCUCAAAACCGACUCUGUGAUCACUACACUGGCGUACUUGAUAAAAUUCGAACCUUUAAUGGAGUGUGUGUCAGUCACUUUGCACAGAGUCAUUCUUUGGAACGAUGAGGCUUUUUGUAUUGUUUUACAGAUUUGGCGAUUGUAGUAAGGGAUUGACUGAAAUGCCACUUGACUGGUUGUGUUCAGCAGUCGGCACAAAAUUCCCUACAAAAUCAAUUCUUGUUAAGAGAUUUGCGGCAUUUCUACCUUUUUAAUCUGUCUGUUUAAAAAGGGUAUGUUUUUAAUUUUGUUUAUUGAUCUUAAAUCAUGAAAAGUGAGAGGUCAGUGAAGUGGGUUUUUUUGUGUGAGAGAUCAGGUGCUACUAUACUGCACACGUGUGUGUGUGUGAGAGAGAGAGAGAGAUAUUGGGAUAUAAAAUUAAACUUUGAAUCAAACAAUGACUAUGUACUUUAAAUACUGAGGCAGAAUUACUCGUUUUUCAUUAUGUGCACAAUGGAUUUGUACAGGACUAUAGGGUAAAUUAACGUAACUCUUAUUAUAGCGAGUACCAUGUACUGCAUUUUCAGAUUGUAACCACUACAGAUUGCAUGCUCACCAUGUGCCGUGUGAUUAAUGUGCCUUGGAUCUACUACAAAUGGCAAAAUAAUUUCUAACUCUAAAAGAAAAGUUCAUAUCUAAUGUUCGUUCAUAUGUUCAAUAAUACAACCCCAAUUCCAGAAACAUUGGGAUGCUGUGUAAAAUGUAAAUAAAAACAGAAUUUGCACAUCUUGGAAA